AUGCCACAAGCAGCCUAUGCGAUCUCCGACACGGACCGUCGUGGUCUGGUGGUGGUUGUCGCCACUCUUUUCAUGUCUUGGAUGGUCCUGGUCAGCCUCUUUCGCAUCUACAUGCGCUUGACUAUCAUAGGGCCGUGGGGACUGGACGAUCUGAUGGCUAUAUUUGGUGCUAUGAUGGGGAUCGCUGAUGUCGGGGUAACGAUGAAAGGUGUCAACGAUGGAUUGGGAAGCACAGAGAACCACCAAAGGGUGUCUCAAAUCAACCUCGCUGAACAGGAUUUAUAUGCUACAAAUCUUCUGUUCCUGGCUGGCCAUUGUGCAGCCAAACUGUCGGUUCUCUUUCUCUUGCAACGUCUGGGAAGAGAAAGAUCAUAUCUGAGGGCAUGCGUGGGAGUGAUGGCGGGCAUUGUACUAUGGGCGGUGGUAUCGAUCAUGAUCGUCUCUUUGAAAUGUCCAUUUCGUCACCCGUGGCUCAUCGACCAAUGUGCGAACAUUCUCGCUCGCUGGCAAGCGAUUACCGUUCUAGAUGUCAUAACCGAACUUUCGUUGCUUAUCCUCAGUUUGUAUCUUGUCUGGCCGAUCCGCUUGACACGAAUGCGGAAGGCUGGUGUUAUUGGCGCGUUUGGGACGAGAAUCGGAAUUGUCAUCCUUUCUAUUGUGCGGCAAACCACGCUAAACACCAUUGCACAUACCAACGACCUCCUUCUCGACAUCUCCGACGCAGUCAUCCUGACUCAGGUCCUCUUGCAUUGCAGUAUCAUGGCAGCGACAUUGCCCUGUCUCAAACCGUUCGUUGUGGCGUUCAAUACUGGUUGGGGUCAAGGCACAAUUGGACAAGAUGGUAGUAGCUAUUACCAUCAGCCCAGCACGGCAUCAGCGACCGUGGAAAGGUCUCAUGCUACUUCGAAAGGAGGGUCGGAAGCCUCGCGGCAAAAGAAUUGGGACAGAACGGCUGUGGAAGACUCGAGUCAUCGAGACUCUCAAGAGUGGAUCAUUCAGGAGACCCGAGAAUGGUCGUUGCGGUAUGAGACGAUCGAGAUGAAGCCAGUGGAUUCGAAAAGAUAG